AUGGAGGAGAAGAACCGAAGUAUGGAGAAGAAAUUAAGGAAGAAGAAGGUUAGGAAGGAGACGAAGUCAAGGAAGAAGAAGUUUUGGAUGGAGAAGAAGUUAAGGAUAAAGAAGAAAAAUGAAGUUAAGGAAGCAGAAGAAGUUAAGGAGGAUGGAGAAGAAGUUAGGGAAGGAGAAAAAGUUAAGAAUGAAGAACAAGUUAGAGAACUAGAAGUAGUUAAGGAUGGAGAACAAGUUAGGGAAGGAAAAGAAGAAGUUAAGGAUGGAGAAGUAGUUUGGGAUGGGGAAGAAGUGAAGGAAGGAGAAGAAGUUAAGGAAGAAGUAGAAGAAGAAGUUUUGGAUGGAGAAGAAGUUAAGGGUAAAGAGGAAAGUAUGGAUGGGGAAGAAGUUAAGGAUGAAGAAGAAGUUUGGGAUGGAGGAGAAGAACCCAAGUAUGGAGAAGAAAUUAAGGAAGAAGAAGUUUAG